ACUUCACUGGAUUUGGGUUGUAGGUGUUGAAUAAGUGUUCUAUAUUGAUUAGUAUAAGUGGAACAUAAUCUGCUGACACUAAACAUCUGUAUCUGGUUUCAGGGUCUGGAGCAGCUUUUCCUUCAGUAAAGGUGAAGCUAAAUGACUCCGCUGUUCUCCCCUGUAAUAAUGGAUGUUCUGGAGUGGCCAGUUGGUUUGUUUUUAGCAAACCAGAAGAAACUCUGGCUGAGUGUGAUCAGACUUCCUGCAGAUCAGUGAAGGAGGGAUAUCAGAUGAUCUAUAAUCAAUACCUGCAGGGAGAUCUCUCUCUGAUCAUCACUGAAGCUGAUUUCAGUAAGAGAGCUCGAUACACCUGCAAAUGUCGUAAUAGAGACAUCUGUGAUGUGAAUCUCCAGGUUGAAGCUGUGAACACUCCACUUCAGAUAGUGUCUGGACAGCCUCUGCUGCUGGACUUGGACACACCAGAGCCAGUAGCAAUCCGUUACAACAGAACCGAUUCAGACAGUGAUCAGAUCUGUACAGUGGACGGACGAUCAACACAGUGCCAACCUGAAUACACAAACAGAGCAUCGGUUAUCUCUGUUCUGAAGCUCAGAGGAACGAAGCCAUCUGAUAGCGGAGUUUACGAUGUUUGGGACAUCAGGAAUGCUGAGGUCAUCCGUACCUACACUGUAGAUGUCCAAGAUGGUGGAGAUGGUUCUGAAGCACUGGGUCAGGAAUAUAAGCUCUCCCGGAGCCGGCGCAGUGCUGUAUCCUAUUGCCAGCCAUGUGUGUGCAGCAGUCAGACAGCGGAAGUACCAGGGUGGGUGGUUCCAGUGCUGGCAGUGAUGGGGACUGCACUCUUGGUAGCAGUUCUGGUCAUCAUGUUGCUGGUGAGACGAUCUCUGCAGCUGCAUAAAGAACCGGAGAGGAACAGAGAUGGUUAUCACCCCUCAAACGAACAUCAGGGGAAUGGGGCAAACGGGGCAAAUAACUCUACUCAACAGAGUACGGAGCUGUCCUCUCUCACCAGUCCUCAGAAAUCAGCCUGAGAGAUCCAUCCCUGCCUGUCUCUCUCUCUGUCUUUCUUUCUCUUUCUCUCUCUUUUUUUUGCUUCAGCAGUUGUCAGCAGAGUCUGGUGUUUCUUCAAUUCAUGACUUGGUCUAAGAUGGUUGUGUAGUGUUUGAUCGUAUCGUUCAUAUUGAGAAGCUGGAUUUGAACAAUUGAUUUAGCAUAUAAACUCUGUCACCAAAAUGUGAACACUCGCUCAGGACCAAAGCGCUGUUUGUGAACUUUGUUUCUUUUGCCUCUUCAUCUGUUACCUGUAUGAAAGGGCCACUAAACCUCCUGAUUUUAGCUGACUCCACCUUCAGCUCAAAUUUGAAAAAUGCUAAAAAAUGGGAGGGGUAGUUUGGGAGGGGCACUGGGUGAUGUAUGGGGUUAGGGGUGAGGCAUAAGGGAGAGUUGAUUGGCUGACCUGCAGAAGCAGCAGUGUUCCUCGGUGAGAUGCAGAUGGUUGAAUGUCAUCAGCAGGGGGGCAGGAUUAUGGAUUGACUGAUUUGCAUAUUGCAUAUACGUUUCACUAUUCAUGAAAAAAUAUGGUUUAGGGUUUAGUAGCUCUUGAACCCUUUCAGACCUGAAUUAUAUUCCAGUGACAGACAAUUAAAUAAAUGCUGUUUUCUGUGUUUAAUGCACACACAAAAAUAUUCUAGUAUAAAACUUAUAUAAAAAUGAAAUCCAAUUAAUUAAAACAUUGCAAUUAUUUUAAUGUCUUUUGCAUUGGAUGCCUGUAAAAAAUUUAAUUUUAUAUUUGAUAAUGAUAAAGAUACCAGCAUCCCUUUGUAUAUGGAAAUUGUAAUUAGUUUCCGUUUACACUUUUGUGCAAUGACAGUGCGUCCAGGUUGUUUAAUGCACCUAAACCCCUCUAAAGCAGAUUAAUUAUAAAUAAAACACAAGAAAUAAUUAAAUUGUGUAGGUCAGCGCAUAUGCGCAGUAUCGAUCGGCUCUCUGCAAGAGGCAAAGUCGAAUCUGUCAGGCAGCGACAUCUAUCGGUUAUAUAUUAAGAGCUAUGGCCUGCUGAGCUAUCCGUGUCUUUGAUCAGAUGGACACGUGUGUUUUUGAGCUAAUUUGUGUUUUAUAUCAUAUACAUAAAUAAUCAGAAAAGUGAUCCUGCAGAUGCCUUUGUGUUUUGUCCAGAGUGAAAAACAAUAUGUAAAUGUUACUUUCAUCUAUAUGUUAUGGAGCCCGGGAGGGGCCG